CGGGUGUAUCGAGACGAGGUUGAGGUCCCCUUCAGGGACGAUGUACCUGUCAGAUUUCCUAGCUCGGCAUUCGUCAUGCCGAAACAAAGCUCAAGCUUGCGCACCGACAUCUCCAGCUCCCCUCAUUCCAGCCUCCACCACUCAAUUGAAGCGCCCUAGCUUCUUAUCUCCAGCAUGCUCUUGCAAACCCUCUCAUUGUUAUCGCUAGCUAUAGGAGGCUUUGCAGCUUCUCUGCAACCAGCUUCUUCAGACGUUACCACGCUUGACUCUUCGACAUCGAAACAGCUGCUCGCAUUGCAUAAGAAGCUGGUCGAAAUCGAGUCAAUUAGUGACAAUGAGCUCGAAGUAGGGACGUGGCUAGCCUCGUAUCUUAAAGACAAUGGCUUCACUGUUGAGAAGCAGGAGGUCGCGAAGGACCGCUACAAUCUUCUCGCCUACGGCAGCAAGCGCGACACCACCAUCCUCCUAUCCUCCCACAUCGAUACCGUUCCUCCAUACUGGCCAUACUACUACAACAAGACUACCGAUAUAAUUGGUGGGCGUGGUAGCGUAGAUGCGAAGGCAAGCGUUGCAGCGCAAAUACUGGCGGUCGAGGGUCUCGACAAGGAAGGCGAAGCUAAGAUCUUGCGCGACGACAUCUCGUUGCUCUUUGUUGUAGGCGAAGAAACUGGUGGCGAGGGAAUGAAGGCGUUCAGCGCAUGGGACAAACGCCCCCAGUAUGACAUUGUCAUCUUUGGCGAGCCUACAGAGGGCAAGUUAGUCUGUGGACACAAGGGCAUAUUGGGCUUUGAGAUGCAUGCUACAGGCAAGGCAGCGCACUCAGGAUAUCCUUGGCUCGGCGUGAGCGCCAACGAUAUCCUGGCUGAGGCGUUGGCCUCGCUACUCGAGCUGAGACAGCACUUGCCUUGGAGUGAGAAGUACGGCAACACGACCAUGAACUUCGGCCGCAUCCAGGGUGGUGUAGCAGCCAACGUGGUCGCAGAGACAGCAAGCGCAAAGAUCGCGACACGUCUUGCAGCCGGUACACCCAAGGUUGUCCAGGGCCUCAUUCUGAAUGCUACCAAGGACGUCAAGGCACGCGCACAACAACAGGGCGGUGAUCUGGAGUUUGAUUGGAGUGGCAAUGGCUACGGCCCAGUAGAUAUUGAUUGUGACAUUGACGGCUUUGAGAAGCUGACUGUCAACUACGGCACUGACGUGCCUAACCUCGAAGGCGACCACCGACGGUAUCUGUACGGACCCGGCAACAUCUUUGUCGCGCAUUCAGACCACGAGGCCCUGAAGAGGAAGGAGCUCGAGCAGGCCGUCCUCGAUUAUAGGAGGCUGAUCAUCCAAACCUCAAAGAUGGAGCCAAAGCAGCGGGGCUCUGAGAUCUAUGACGAUCAAGUCGAACUGUAGAUAAGUAUCUAUGUACAUAUAUGUAACUCACGAAAUAUAGAGAACCGUCGCGUUUGCUCACGGGUGGAGAAUUUGUUGUGUCCAAAGGACAAUCUCAACUAUCCACACUACAAUCUAACGAUACUUAAAUAUUCCAAUGUGUUCUUACAGAACAUAGCUAUAACAGUCUGUUCUCCUCAGUGUAAUUGUCCCUCUAAAGUCGAUGAAACGAUUGGAGAACCCGUUGAACUCCAGAAAAGAACAUGGCAUCGCAGUCCUAAACUUCAC